ACGCUGACAGCACUAAAUGUUUCCCGCCAUCCCGUCCGUCAUUCUCUCCUCAGUGUUGGGUCAUGCGACUAACUAACUAAUUUGCGGCUUAAUCCACGGACAUGGCCUUCUUCCUCAGUUACACUUUUGCCAUAUCUUCUUCCAAGUCCCCACUUUUCUUUUCUACGCAUAUCGUCUCAUAAGCUCAAAUCGGAAACCUUUGGAAUCAUGCAAUUUCCCGUCGUUGACUGUACUUCUCAGAUCACGAAUCACGGAAGGACCGGGAAGAUGGAAGAGAAUGUUAGACCCAUUUCGUAUUACCAUUUUAGUUUCCUGGACUGCGAUGAGGACCGCCGAUGUAGUAACCGGUAAGAUUGAGUAAAGCCAGGAAGGUGUUCGAUGAAAUGCCCAAGAGAACCACAGAUUCUUACAACGCCAUGAUUUACGCCUCAUGGGAGCAUUAAUGGAUUAUUUCGGGAAGGGAUGUGCAACAAAGGCACAUAAUUUACUAUGUGUGACAUCCGAAGAAGUUGUUGUAAGUGGUUUAUUUGAAAACAGAGACUUUGAAUGAGGCUAUUGGCAUUUUUUUCAGGGCAUGGUAGAGAAAAAAGUUUCUGGUAUCAUAUUAGCUCGCUGUUUGAUGGGUGUUGCAAAGGAGAUAUAUUUUUGAUGUUAUUUGAUAGAAGCCCUGUGAGAAAAAAUGUGCUAUGAUUGAUGGUUGUUUCGAAGUUGGCUUUGGUUUUGUUUCUGAGAAUGAAACAGGAGGGAAACGUCGGUGUUAAUUCUAGCACAUUGGCUCUCAUGUUUUAAUCCUGUGGGAAGUUCUACGGGUUAGAUUCAUCAAUGCCUCUAGAGUGUGAGCAUGAGCAAACAUUUGAAGCUUAUGAACUUUUUGAGAAGAUGCCGAAGAAAGAUGUGGUUUUACUUGGGCAGAUAUUGCCAAAAGGAUUUUAUAGAAAAAGAUGCAUUUCUAAAUGCGUAGAGUUAGCGUUGCCUAAAGAGGAAGAUAUCACCUGGCACUUUAUAAUAUCUGCGUUUGGAGAGCAUGAGGAUGAGCUUCAUUGGUUUAGUAAGAUGAAUGCUCUAGGGAAAACGUUUAUCCAAAGCUCCCAACUUUCAGUAGUGUGUUCCGCACAACAUCUGCUUUUACUGCAUUGAUCUAAGGACUGCGGAAUUGUGAAGAUCAGCAUGGCUUAUGACUGGCAAUAACAGCUUAUGUUGUCUGAUGUGUGUCAGCUUUUUGGAUGUUAUCUUAUUACAUGGUGUUCUCUCGUGGAUCAAGAGCUUAGCUUCGUUUCGUGGCUACAAAGCACCAAGCGUGUUCUCCUGGAACAAAUCAAAUAUGAACUAUGAUACAAUUUAAAAUUACAGAAGAUUCGUUGACCGUCAUUGCUUCCAAGUCCAAGGAACCUAUUAAGAGCUCUUAACAGGCAAACCCAAUUAUAAAAUUGUAUCGGAGAAGGUGGAUCAACCAUGGCUACUGUUCAUCUCAGCCCAUCCUCCCUCUUCAUCCUACCCAAAGGAAGAAGUUUCAACUCCAUCUCCUCCGUCAGGAGUCUCCCAAAACGCACUGUUUUGUCUCUCUCAUCUGCUCUCACCAUGAUUCCACCAGAGGGAAAACGAAAUGAUCACAUCUCUGCCUUUGACUUCAAGUCGUAUAUGGUCCGUAAAGCCGAAUCUGUAAGCGCUGCUCUUGACGUUUCUGUACCGCUUCUGAAACCCCUCACGAUCCAGGAGGCGGUGCGGAACUCAUUGCUAGCGGGCGGAAAACGUGUGAGGCCUCUCCUCUGCAUUGCUGCCUGCGAGCUCGUAGGUGGCGACGAGGAUAUUGCCAUGUCAGCCGCUUGCGCGGUGGAGAUGAUCCACACGAGUUCUCUUAUUCAUGACGACCUUCCCUGUAUGGACGAUGCAGAACUCCGAAGAGGCAAACCCACCAACCACAAGGUGUUUGGAGAAGACAUGGCGGUUUUGGCGGGUGAUGCGCUUCUUGCUUUGGCGUUUGAGCACAUGACGGUCGUGUCGAGUGGGUUGGUUCCCCCUGAGAGGAUGAUCCGUGCUGUGAUUGAGCUCGCAAAGGCCAUAGGGACGAAAGGGCUAGUGGCUGGGCAAGUGAUUGACCUAAGAAGCGAAGGAUUGAAUCCAGACGACGUCGGAUUGGAGCGUCUAGAGUUCAUCCACCUCCACAAAACGGCGGCGUUGUUGGAGGCAGCGGCGGUUUUAGGAGCCAUAAUGGGAGGUGGAACAGAGGAAGAGGUGGAAAAGCUCAGAAAGUAUGCAAGAUGUAUUGGGCUGUUGUUCCAGGUGGUUGACGAUAUUCUCGACGUAACGAAAUCUACUGAAGAAUUGGGCAAGAGCGCCGGAAAAGACGUUGUCGCCGGAAAACUUACGUAUCCGAGGUUGAUUGGUUUGGAGAAAUCGAGGUUACUUGCGGCGAAAUUAAGCAAAGAAGCAGAGGAACAGCUACUAGGGUUUGAUCCGGUUAAGGCGGCACCUCUAGUAGCUCUGGCCAGCUACAUUGCCUACAGAAACAACUGAUUCUUGAGCUCGAUCUCUCAUCUUGUUUAUUUCAAACUAAAAUGUUUUUCAAUUCCUUUUUUUCAUGUUCUUGUUAUAUAAAUAAAAAGAAAGGAAAAAGGACCAAAAGGUUAAUUGCGUUUCCUAAACUACCUCUUCUUCUAUUUUUCCCGCUUCUCAUGUGUACAAACCCUAAUACUAAUUGAGAGAAGUUAUAUGUUUAUAAUAAGAACGUGAUGAUGUGGAUUUCCCAU